AUGGCUAUGCCGACCCACUUGCCCAUCCGAAGCCCCACCACAAUCACGGACAGGACCAACCGCGCCAGGGCCACAGCGACGACACCCAAAGAGGCACGAGCAACGGACCGCGCGAACGGGGGUGCACACCCAGUCCCCAACUGCCCCAAGUUGAAGGGCAUCAGUCAGGAACAAGUGCGCCAGUGGCUGCUCGACCGGGACACAUACGAAGAAGACCUGCGGGCCGUAUGCAUGCGUCGAAACCUCGAAGUGUGGAAGUACCGCGAAGGAUGGAAGGAGUGUUUCGAAGACAAGAGACUGUUGAAGCAGUUCAUGAUCAUGCGCAAACUACGAGGCGAUCCCAAGGAGCUCGACGAAGCUAACGGCGUUGAAGCGGACAUUCCGCUGCUGUUCCACGGGAUCCACAUGGACAUGAAGGACGACGACGGUCUCAUGGACAUGAAGGACGACGACUGUCUCAGCCGCGUGUGCAAAUUCUUGGCGGACUGCGCCGAACGAAUCGAAGCACGCGUCAUGAAAGGACAUUUGAAGAAGCCCGAGAUGCGGAAGAAGAUCUUCAAACGGCUGCUAGAAGUGGUGGACCCAGAGCCUGUCCGAGAUGCGUGCGUCCUCGACAUGGAGAAGGUGUGGCAUCCGGUGGAAUUUUCGUGGGAAUCCAUCAGCGAGUUGCCGGGCUAUGAAGCCAAAGAAGUGAAGAACAAAAUAGAUCAUCGAAAGGAUGAUUACAGUCGACAAGAACUCCGCGACGUGCGCCCACGACGUGACGACCACGAGCGAAACCGCAGUCAAGGGCGCGACAGACGCGAUCGAUCAAGUAACCGGGCGAACCACGAAACCAUCACUCAGGCUACCCCUCGCUAUAUCGCGACCGAGACGGUGGUCGUCCGUACGAGCGACGCGAUGAAAACCGCAGUUCCCCUUAUGGACCGCCCGAUAGCAAACCCAAGCAGCAAGUGGGAUUUGCGAUGCGACGUGGACGAAGCCCCGCUCCAUCCCAUGGAGGAAUUUUGUACGACCGCGAUGGGAAACGAGACGACGGGUGGGGACAUACACUCCGGGGCAACAGCCAGGAGAAAAACCGUGUAA